GUGUACCUAGCAUGGUCCAGUCUUCAGGCAUCACGUCGAAGUUUCACUAGUGAGUCGCUCUUGCUCAACGCGUUAACAAGUACUUAGUAUAUUAAUAAUAAUUACGACCGGUCGUGACAGAAUUGAUUUUAUGUACCUACAUGAGAAUAAUUAUAAUAGUGACUUACUAAUAAAAGUAAAAUUAAAGUAAGGUGGCAGUGCGUUGUUAUAGUGUUUCAAAUAAUCGUGUUGUCUUAACACUUAUAGAUUUUUAUCGGCCUGCGAUUAAAAAUUUUUUAAAAAAUGACCGAAAGUAAUGUCCUGUGUGCUUGCAUGCUACGGUUGUCAGUUCUAAUUGGUCUUCUAUCAGUGGUGGUCACUAUAAUAUAUUAUACACCUAUUCCCGAUUUUGAAGCGUCAAAACAAAAUUGUGAUAGAGAAUGUCACGAACUGGAUUGGCCGUUAAUUUGCAGAUACAAAAUUGUGCUGGAGACUCAAAAAGUUCAAAACAAUUGUCAAAAGUGUUCCUCCAACAAUCAAACGGAAUGCCAACAUGACAUGUAUUGCAACAGAUUUUCAGAGAAAAUUAUUACUGCUAAUAGACAAGUUCCUGGUCCACCAAUACGAGUUUGUGAAAACGAUAUAAUGGUAAUAGACAUUGUUAACCGUAUACCCGGUCAUAGCAUUUCGGUACACUGGAGAGGUCAGUGGCAAAAAGAGACUCCGGUAAUGGAUGGAGCACCUAUGGUAACACAAUGUCCAAUACUACCGCACACAACAUUUCAAUAUAAAUUUAGAGCAGCUCAAGCAGGAACUCACUGGUGGCAGAUAUUAUCGGGCGACGAGUUGUCCGACAGACUAUUUGGAGCAUUUAUAGUGAAGCAGUCGAAACGUCGAGAACCUCAUGCCUCCAUGUAUGACUAUGAUGAAGUUCCACACGUUUUACUAGUAGAAUACACGACAAUCUCCCAAAAUGGUAUCAAUGAAAUGCGCAUAAAUGGAAUGGAAUCGAACACGACGAUCACGGUACAAGACAAUAGCAAGUAUAGAUUCAGGACAAUAAACACAGGAGGAGAUUCGCAAUGUCCAAUCGAGAUAAAAGUGCACAAACGUCAUUUAACAGUUAUAUCAAUAGACGGCCAUGCGAUUGAUCCUAAACCAGUUGACGUUAUUCAAGUUGAACCAGGUGAAACGUUAGACUUCAUUUUAACCACAAGCGAAAUCCAAGGAGUUUAUGACAUGAUGGUCAGCUCAGAGGGUCACUGUAAACAUUCCAACCACACACACACGUUGUACAUACAAUACAACUCGACAUUAUACAACACGAUCUCGGACACGGAAAAUCUCGUAAAACCGUCCGAGUACGGGGAUCGACACUUGUCCAUUACAAGUCUCGAUAGCCUACCCUACGAGUUGUCUGCAGUUGAAUUUAAAAAUACAAUUUAUUUGGGAUUUUCCUCGAUUAAAUAUCAGCUCGGCGAAGGAAGCUGGUCAUUGCCGAAUUUCAACAACAUUUCGAUGGUGUUACCUUCCGCCCCUUUGCUAUUGCGACAGCCCGAAGACGUGAUAGUGUGCAACGCAGAAAAUGUGCCACUCAAAUGUCGGUCUAGUAUUACGUCUUGCGAGUGUACACAUAUCAUCGACUUGCCGUUGGGUUCUGCUACGGAAUUAGUUAUUUUCGAUACAGAGCACACGCUGUUCAAGACGGACAGAUCUCAUUCGUUUUACUUGCACGGACACAGUUUCUACGUGGUCGGCCAGAAGAGCAACGCGUUCGUCAAGUCGGCUGAACAUGCGAAGAAGUUAGACAGUGAUUCGCACUUAGUGCACAGGAAACUCGACAGGUCGGUGCUGAAGAACACCGUGGUCGUGCCAGCAGCAGGUGUAUCUGUCGUGCGAUUUAUCGCUGAUAAUCCCGGAUAUUGGUUAUUUAGAAGUGAAAAGACUUCCGAAUGGUCCAGUGGCUUGUCAUUGAUUUUCAGGGUGUUAAAUCCCAGUGGAAGUUUUCCUCAGGUACCCGAAGAUUUUCCUAAAUGUGGAAAUUUUAUAGGUCCAGAAUUCUUUUUGGCCUGAUUUUGUUGUACUUACCUAUUAUUUCAAUAUUCGUUACCGUAUUAAUUAUUUUGAUCUCCAAUAUAAUAUUUAAGUUGUAUGAUAAGACAGGGGCUCUUGUAGUAGUUAUAAAUGUUAUUGUAUACCUAAUUCUAACAUAAUUAUUUUAUUUAUUAUAAAUCAGCUUGUAACCACUACCAUAAUAUUAUUUAUUAUAUAUAAAAAAACAAAAUGUAUUACUUACCAGUUAUCAGUUACCUACCAGACAUAAUUUAUGUACCUAAUGACGAAUUUGCUUACCUAUAUGUAUAGACAGAAUUUGAUAUCCGAACCCUAAAAAUGUAAUUUUUUGUAUUUAUUUAUUUUAUUGUCAACUGUACAGUGGUCAUGAGUUUUAAAUUUAAAUUACCAUAUAUUAUACUCUAUUUUGUACACUUAUUGGAUUUUUUUUUCAAUGGUUAUUUUUAAUGUCUAAAUAGAUUAGUAUUUUGUGUAGGUAAUAUGGUUAGUCUUACCAAAAAUGUUAUUUUGUUUGUUGUGUGCAAUUUGGAAUGCCGAGCUUCACGUAGUUGGUUGGGUAUAUUUUCUUUCCUUUUCUUUGUACUUAAUAUUUACGACAUUUGGUUAAUAUACCUACCUUACAUAUAGUUA